GUUAGGUUAGUUCAUAGCAAAGCUCGUAGAACACAGAUCUCGUCUUACUGUGAAAAGUUGCUGACUGUACCUUAACAACAAAAUGGCAAGCUCUAAUCUCAUCACAGUCAUACUGUUUGGACUUCUGACAGUGAACUUGUUAGCCCUACACUCUGAAGCAGCCCAAGGAAACUGUUGUCUCUCAUACUCAAAGAAGCCGCUUCCACGCCAUCUGAUUGCAGGCUACACAAUUCAGACUGUCAAGUACAGAUGCAACAUUGACGCAAUUGUGUUCCACACUGUCAAGGGAAAAUCUGUCUGUGCUAAUCCAGCAGAACACUGGGUGAUGAACAGAAUCGAAUGGCUGAAGGAAAAAGCAAACCAACUUGUUCAGUAAAAUUCUGUCACCUCUUGAGUCUGAAGAUGGAUUGAAGAAGAAAAUAAGCUAACGACCCAACUUAUUUUUAAGCCCUGUACAAAUGUACAAAUACAGAUGGAAGGACCCUCUUUUGUUCUACCUGCAAAAUACUUUUUGGUUUUCAAUUUUUAUUGUAGAUAAUUCUGUAUGGUCAUUUUUACUAACUGCCUUUAUGCUAUGAUACUAAUGUUAUUUAUUAUGCUGGUCAAAGAUAAAGUGCUACAAUAAUUCUGUUACUCUGAAAAACUACUGUUAUUUUGGAGCUUAAGCAUUUACAGUACAUGUUCUUAUUCUAGCAUUUUGAAUGUAUUUAACUUGUUGCCUAACAAGCAUUUGGCAUCAUAUUUGAUUUGCAUGUUUGUGUUAUUAAUCUGUUUCAUAAACAGAAAUGAUGUAAUGUAUCGAUAAGAUACUAUGGUAAGAUAUACAAGAAACUUUAAAACACUUUGUUUUAUAUGGUAUCACACAUUUGUGUUCUUAGUUUAUCUCAAUUGGAAGAGAUUUGUUAAAUGAAUUUGUACGGAAUUCUCAUAGAAGGCUUUUAAACUGUUUUCCUGGGGAUUAGUAUGGAUAUUUCAGUAAAAUAAAACAAUAUUUAUAAAUAAUAAAA